UGGCCCGUGGCUGCAUGCAGGAAAGACGAACAUCGAAAAGCAGUGGACAUUAGUUUAGCGUCCAGCAAUGCUGUCGAAGCUUGAGCACGAUGAUCACAUUUUCGAUUCGCGCACAACCCGAGUAACAGAUUGCACUGAAGAAGAAUUGUGCACUCUUCACACCAAUGACACCAUAUUGUACUUGAUUGGCUGGAUGGAGAAGACUGCGCAGAGUCUGUGAAGAAUGAAGGCUGUUGUAGGUAGCAGGCUACAACAAGAUGCUCGAACAGAAGCAACACAGGGGCAGCCGCUCUUGGGAGCCUCCGAUUUGCGGUCGAUGAAUGGCAGAACGGGUGGCCGCACAAUGGACACAACCGUGGUGGGAGAGACCUCUUUCGAUUUAGUGGCAACGAAAGCUCGAGUGUACAAGAAUUUUGAGGAGACUGCCAGCACCAAGUUCAAACACUUUUUCAGGUCCGAGGAGAUGGACCGGUUGCUGCAAACGUGCAUCCUCUACUUCGUGGCCAUCUUCCAGAAGGACGCAAUCGAACAGCGCAUUGCAAAGGCGGGAUGCACGGAUGAGUCCGAUCGGGAGAUGCUGAACGCAGCGGUGCAAGAUAUUGCCGAGAACCUGAGGGCCUUGGGGCCCGUCUACUCGUCGAUCUUGCUAACGCAGAGUGACUACAAGCACGCGCAGCAGGACAAAGCCUUCUUUGAGUCGCUGUACGAGGCGACGGGCCAAGUCAUGAAAGAAGCGUUCGCCGGGCAGCGGAAAGUGGGCGACGUGGAAGCGGAGCUGAGCCGCAUCUUCCGCACGGACCACUUCAACCUGGUGAAGCGGCGGAGCGAGCGGCAGGCCAACACGCGCGCGCGCAGCAUGGGCAUCCGGGAGCUGUACGCCGUCAAGAACGACCCAGGAGACCCGGGGCUCAGCCGGCGAGUUGUGGCUGCGCUCAACCGGAAGAGCGACCAGAUCCCGGUUCAAACGGCGCUCCACAGCUGUUCUCCAAUCAUGGGCAGCCUUCUGCCGAGCACGAUAUGA